AUGCUGUCAUCACUCUCCGCAACCUUUGGAAGGCUUAGCCUCGGCGCUGCUGCUAGCACAGCUGGACCUUCCUCCAUAGGUUCCGCUUCGCGACUUUCGUCGUCCUCGAUUCGACCGCUGCACAUGGCUUCUUCCUCGCGCCCAUCACCCCGCAACGCUCUUCCCACUCAGUCACGUCUUUCUUCGCUCGGCGGUGUUCGACACAAGGGAAAUCUCGCCCCAAGGAGAACAAAGUACCGCAAGGCACAUAAGAUCACCAUCCCCUUCAACACCGGGGGCUCCACCAAGGGCACCACCGUCCAAGAAGGUGCUUAUGGUAUCCGGCUGCUCGCCCCCGCCCGUCUGUCGGCCAAACAGCUCGUAGCUGCCGAGACGGCGUUGAAGCGCAAGCUGAAGGUGGUCAAAGGCGCACAGGUGUUCCUGCGCGUGUUCCCGGAUAUCCCCGUCUGCAUCAAGGGCAAUGAAACUCGUAUGGGCAAAGGUAAAGGUACUUUUGAGUACUGGGCCUGCAGGGCGAACAUGGGCAAGGUCAUCUUUGAGAUCGGUGGACCUGUCGAGAUCCGACCGGAGGUGGCUAAGGAGGCACUGCGAUUGGCGUCCGCGAAGCUGCCGGUGCCUACGGAGUUUGUGACGACCGCUUCGAAGCCUAGGAUCGGCAACCAGAUUGUUGAGAGUGCUACUCCUAGCCUCAGCACUCCUGCUACCGCUGCGACUCCGGGAACGACGGGCCAGUCUACGGUUUCUGCUACUGUCGCUUCUUCGUAG